AGCCAAUCAGUGAAGGCCUUGUUCACGCGCUCCCUCAACAGUCAUGGUGGGCAUGAGCUUUUUGCGGACGGCGGCUGCUUUUACAGCCAGAUUAAACCCGCUGAAACGAACGUGUCAAGCUUCAAAUCUGCUCUCCAGGACUGUUGCACGUUCAGAACAAGUUGUUGUCCGCCAUGGGAGCCAUGGCAAAAGGAUGUUUAUCAUCAAGCCCACAGACUUCUAUGACAGAAGAUUUCUUCACCUGCUGAAAUAUUACAUUAUUCUCGCUGGUAUCCCUAUGGCAGCGCUUGUGACAUUUGUUAAUGUGUUCAUAGGCGAAUCUGAGUUAGCGGAGAUACCAGAAGGCUACGAACCAGAGCACUGGGAGUACUACAAGCAUCCCAUCACCCGUUGGAUUGCUCGUACCUUUUAUGACAGCCCAGUGAAGGACUAUGAGAAAAUGAUGGCACUUAUCCAGAUUGAGGCAGAGAAGGCUGAAAUGAGACAACUACAACUUGAAGUCCGCCGACACAUGAGAGAAAAAGGAGAUGGACCCUGGUUUCAGAUUCAGACGCUUGAUAAGAAUCUCAUCGACCACAGCCCCAAGUCAUCCCCUGAUAACUAGGAGUGGUCAUCAUACCUGUCCAAAAUAUUCAGGCAUUAUACAAUGUAUAAUGUAUUGUUAUUAAUAAAAAAUCUUGUUUCUUUUUCCCCCUUUUCUUUGCCUCUGGCACCAAAUAAACUAAGGAUUAUAACUAA